AAAAAAAAAUCUAAUUGAUGCCACUUUAUUUGUCAUGACUAUAAUUGCACACGACCUUGCAGAAACGUUUUAUAUUUUUUGACUUGAGUCCUCCCCCUGUGAGCUUAUAAACAGCUUGAGGAGAACACCGACAGCACUGGGAGGGUUAAGCUGAGUUUUUGGUCCAGUCAGGGUGUGCUGUGCUAGUGUAGAGUGGGUAUGAAUGCUUGGAGGAAAGCAGCCUGUACUGCACAGGAGUUCAGUCACUGCGCUACAAAGACUACAUAGGGAAAGCAGCAGCAGAGCACGAAAUGGGAGAUCCAAAGCACAGUCCAGGUUUAACUACAUGAUUGCAUUGAUUUGAUACCGUGAGGCAGAACUUACUGUGGAGCUGAAGAGAUGGAGUUCCUCACUUUAAUUGUGCCAUCCCUGCUUGUACUCUCCAUCCAGCAGUAUAAGUUUAUCAGGGCCAUGAAUGACAUUGGCGAGUAUAUCGGAACAGACAUUGAAAUAUACUGGCUUCCUAAUCUGGAUGAUUUGAUGAAAGGGUAUGCUCGGAAUUUCCGCCCAGGGAUAGGAGGUCCUCCGGUGAAUGUAGCCAUGGCUAUAGAAGUAGCUAGCAUUGAUCACAUCUCGGAAGUUAACAUGGAGUACACAAUGACGGUGUAUCUCCGUCAAAGCUGGCGAGACGACAGGCUCUCGUACAACCACACCAACAAGACUCUGGGGCUGGACAGCCGCUUCGUGGAGAAGCUGUGGCUGCCGGACACGUUCAUCGUCAACGCCAAAUCCGCCUGGUUUCAUGACGUCACUGUGGAGAACAAGCUCAUCCGCCUGCAGCCCGACGGAGUUAUCCUGUACAGCAUUAGAAUUACCUCGACAGUUGCAUGUGACAUGGAUCUCACCAAGUACCCAAUGGAUGAACAGGAAUGCAUGCUGGAUUUGGAGAGCUAUGGCUACUCUUCUGAAGAUAUCGUCUAUCAUUGGUCAGAGAACCAGGAUCAAAUCCAUGGACUGGAUAAACUCGAGCUGUCUCAGUUUACCAUCACGGACUACAGAUUUGACACAGAGGUUAUGAACUUCAAAUCUGCCGGCAGGUUUCCCAGGCUAAGUCUUCGUUUCCAGUUACGGCGGAAUCGAGGCAUUUACAUUAUGCAGUCCUAUAUGCCUUCCAUCUUAUUGGUCGCCAUGUCUUGGGUUUCCUUUUGGAUUAGCCAAUCAGCUGUGCCUGCAAGGGUAUCGUUAGGAAUCACCACGGUCCUCACAAUGACCACCCUCAUGGUCAGCGCCAGGUCGUCUCUUCCGAGAGCGUCUGCCAUCAAAGCCCUGGACGUUUACUUCUGGAUCUGCUACGUGUUCGUGUUCGCCGCCCUGGUGGAGUAUGCCUUUGCUCACUAUAACGCCGACUACAAGUACAUGCGGAAACCGAGAACGAAGAUCAAGGCAAACAAAUCUGGAGCAGAGUCCUUUGUAAAAAAUGGCAAACAAGCCAUGGUGCUCUUCUCCCUUUCAAUGGCCGGCAUGAACCAGGACUUGAUGAUUUCUAACCGGCAGCACCGGGCCCAAAAGCCCCCUGGGGUUCCCUACGGCACAGAUGAGGUCGAGAAUGGCAAGACAAAGUCAAAGAAGCAUGACACCAAGACAGAGAAGAAGCCCAUAUUCAAACCCAUUGGCGCGGACACCAUCGAUAUCUAUUCAAGAGCCGUGUUCCCUGCGGCCUUUGCUGCUGUCAAUGUCAUCUACUGGGUGGCCUACACCAUGUAAAUAUGAUACAGUACACAGUAGAAAUAGCCAGGCAGACUGAUGCAGCUGUUCCGAACAUCAAUCUCCCCGAGUUAUUUCUACCAUGUGAUCUAACGAAAGUGGAAGCUGAAACACUGGGUCUAACAGUGACCUUUCAGUUUAUGAAAAAGUUUAUGACUUUUCUGACUUCAUUCAAUAUAAUAAUGUACAUGCAAAAAGCAACAGCUACUGAUCCGAUACUGUAACCCAGAAUCCAAAGCCACGUGUGCAAAUAACGGAUCGUAAUGUAUCAUUUAUCAACAGAUAACAUUAAAUGGAACUUGCCUGA